GGUAUUGUUGAUGGGAUUGUACUGCAGAAACUAUCUAGAGCUGUGGAGCUGGUUUGGCGUGCUGGCAUAAUUGAUGGGAUUGUAAACCAAGUGCGUCUUCACUAAUUGUGCAGUUGUAUGGAUGGAUGACUCACUUGUUGCUGAUUGAAGGGUUGGAUUGGUGUUUCCGGUGAUUUGUUGGGUAUAGUUGAGGCUGGGAGAGGGGCGCCAUGGGCACGAAAAACCAGUUCAAUGUCCUCAUCGACAACGAUGACCCCUCGCGCCUCAUCACCGCCGCCCAGAAGAAGGCGGACGCGUUGCCAAGCUGGCACCCGCGGCCCGCACAGGCUGUAAAGGAGUCCAGGAACUAUGGUGCUCCAGCUCGCAAUGGGGCAGGACGAGGUGGACCAGGACGUGGUAGAGGUGGCUUCCGUGGAGGCAGGACGGGCCCAAGGCAUGAAUUUGGUGAGGGCGCUGCCAAUGGUGUUGUGGGAGAGAGAGGAUGGUGAAGGAAAGACUACGGAAAGGGGCCGUGGACCAAGUCAACCUUACUGUGGUGGUGGCCACCAUGGUGGCUACAAUGAUGGGGGAGGCUGGUGAUGAGUCUGGUCGUCCCCCUCGCUGAGCCAAUG